CUGGAUAAAGGCCUUUCAACAAGCCACCUGUGUAGAAAAGCAGACGCCAGAAUCCCAUCUGUCAAUGUUGUUGUUUUGGCUCAAAUGUUCUAGAAGCUGAAAGGCAUUAUGUGAGAUUGUAAUGCUGUAGGAAUAAACUCGGCAGUCAGCCAAGUGCUAAUACCUUAAGGGUGCACUCACACACGAAGAGCUGGGAUUUGCGAAGGAUUUGCUUUGUAUUAACCCUGACAGGAGAGCUAGGAGCCAGCUAGAGCAAGAGGGGAGAAGCAAAACAGCCGUGAAGAAAUUCGGGAAAAUUUUAGGAUUUUGCAAUAAACCAAUCUGCAACAAACAUAUGCAGAUGUGCUGUUGAAGUAUAAUUGAUGUUAUGGUGCCUUCAAAGUCUUAAGAGCUUUACAAGGUGUCAGUCUGAGAAAAUUCCGGUACGGGAACUUCAGAGACGGCAGGACGGAGCGAAAUGGGGCACCCUAAUGUGCCUCUCUCUUAUAAACAAGCUCGUGCUCACAGGGAUAAACACAUUACCAAUCGACUGCAGCCCUACACACCAAACGAAAACCUGAACAAUGCACUUGGUGCUAUCAGAGUUCUGGGUGUGGAGCUGAUUGAAGAUGAACUGAAACCUCAUCUGAACACAGUUCUUGCAAACAUAAAGGAGAGAAAGAAAGGCACAUCUGAGCAGGUGGUGAUCAGCGGGAUCCUGCCAAUCCUCGCCCUGUCUUUGAGGAACAGAGGGCCUCUAUCACUGCUGACUGCAAAACUAGUGGCUGAGCUCGCCAAAGAAUCCGUGGUUCGUAAGGGUUUUGGUGAUGCCGGUUUGGUUACGGCUCUGCUGUCCGUUCUGACCUGUACAAAUGAAGAGCUGCUCAUUUAUGCUGUGAUAGCCAUCUCACGCAUGUCGUAUGACAGCUCUAAGCAGCAGGAGCUGUUACUACAGAGAGGUGCAGUUCCCCGUCUUGUAGCCAUCCUGCUUCGACUUCCCCAUAAAGAGGCCCUGGAGGAGGUGUGCCUGCUGGCCCUCUGUAACCUCAGUGGGAUGGGAGUGGCCGAAGAGGCCGGGAUGAUCUGGGAGAGGGGAGUGUCCUUGAGGCCUGGGGAGUGCGUGUUUCAUGGCGUCUCACCUCACACCUGUGGUUUUGCCUCCUCUGUGACCUUGGUUCGUGUCUCUCAGUGGGGACCGGGUCAGUAUGCGGUCAGCAUCGAGGACUUCCAGCGCUGCUCCUCUUCUUUCUGGAACUCACACGGGAACAAACGGGCCCAGCACUGGUUCCCAUUCUUCAGUUUGGGUAGCUGUUCAAAUAUGCUCAAGGUAAUCAAGUUCUCCACGAGGAAUGUUCCCCGGACAAAAAGUCUAAAAACUCGUGUGUUUCAUACGUUCCUGUGACAUCUCAAGCACGGGAAACAUGGUGGCCUAAACUAAUCACACUGGAUAUCAGAGCUGGGACUGACACCACAACCAGUUUGACUGUACUAGUAGAAAACAGAUUCACUGGAUUUGUGCACUGGUUAACUGGUUACCUUUGAACUACAAGGUAGAAAAUACACCUUUUUGAUUUUUUACAUAAAUAUAUUUGCAAAAGUGAUUUUUUUUCUUUAAAGAACAGCUACAGAGUUUUUCAGAGUGUGUGGUUUUAUAGAUCAUGUUAAUACCUGCAGAUACCUGUCAGAAAAAAACUGCUCUAAGGGAAAUUACCAACUAACUAAGUUUUAUUUUGAGUAAAUUAAUAGCAGCUUUGACCUGAUUUAUACUUUAAAGGUGGACAUGCUUCUCUUCCUGUUUACGGUAACCCAAAUCAGUUAUUUUUAGAUAAUUGGAAAGAAAUCUGAACAAGUAAAAAUCAUAGUGAGUUUAAUAUUUGUAUAGUAUUGUUUUUUUUUUAUUUCAAAUGG